AAGCAGAACAAGGUGGAAAUAAGGGACAAUAAAGAAGGUGGGACGCAGGAGCAAGUGCUGGUGACAAAGACAGGUUCGGAGGGCAACCCAGUUGAUGGACCCAAAACAGGCCAAAUGGAAGAAGGGCCAAUUAACUAUGUUGAAGAAAGAAGGUUGAAGGAAGGAAGCGGGCCCAGCCUGGUGAAUGGGGGGAGCCAGCAGGCUGGGGGAAGUGCCCUGCUAAUGGAAACGGACGGCUGGCUCGCCAGCCAGCCUGUCGCCCGGCACUCGAGCGAGAAAGCCAAGUGGGAGAGCGCUCCGGCCCCGGCCCGGGGGGACGCCGCCAACGAUGCGAACCUGGAGGACGCUCGGAACCUGGUGGCCUUCUCCGCCGUGGCCGAGGCCAUGUCUUCCUACGGAAUGCCAGCCACCGGGUCCCCGUCACUGCUGAGCACGCAGCUGUAUGAGAAAUUCAACUUGGAGAUGAGCCGGGGAGGGGCGGGCAACCCAGGGCUCCCCCAGCCCGACGGCGUCCCUGGAGGUGAGGACCUGAACGCCCUGAAGGCUGCCCUGACCCUGGCCAAGCACGGCAUGAAGCCCCCCAACUGCAACUGUGACGGCCCCGAGUGUCCCGACUACCUGGAGUGGCUGGAGCAGAAGAUCAAGUCGGCCCUUGGGGAGGGGCAGACCCGCCCAUCCCAGCAUCUCAGCGACGCCCACCACCAGCCCUUAGACAAAGGUGCUACUCCCAAUCAGGUGCCUGCCGUGGUGGAGACGCUUAAGCCAUGCCCUUCAGAUGGCCUCCCCUUUUCCCAAAGUGCACUGAACAUCGCCAAGGAGAAGAACAUUAGCCUCCAGACAGCCAUCGCCAUAGAAGCCCUGACCCAGCUGUCGUCCGCUCUCCCGCCGCCGGCCAGGGUGACUCCAGCCACUCCCGGCAGCCCCUUGCCAUCCGUGUCGUUCGUCUCCAAGGAGCAGCUGGUCUGUUCGUCCCCCUUCAGCCCAGACGAACCCCCGGUGCUACCCACAUCCAGCAACGAGCAGUACCAGAGCCAGAACGCACAACCCUACGGCGGACACAAAGUGCUCCAGACGUCUCGGGCCCUUACGCAGUCCUCUUGGCAGCCGGCGGAGCCCCCGUAUAUCCUCGAACCCAGCGCCCCCCGGGAGCCUGCGGGCCUCUUCCCCAAUUUCACCUCCACCCCCCAGAAACUGGAAUUUCCCGAGCCGUGGGAUGAAGGACCCAAGCCAAAAAACAACUUGUGGAUGCUCAACUCCGACCCGCCCGCCUCUUUGGUGAGCGACCCGAUGGCUGAGCUGGAGCAGCUGCUGGGCAGCGCCAACGAUUACAUCAAGUCGGUGUUUAAGAGGCCUGAAGCAAUGCCCAACAAGGUCAAAGCCGUCAAGCUGAAGCAAGAGCCGCUGGUCCCGCCUCUGAAGAAGGAAGCCGGGGGUGGCCAUCCCAAGCUGGCCCCCAGCCAGCACUUGUCGCAGCUGCUGCAAGAAACGGACUUCCAUAAGAAGACCCAGAUGGUGCUGCAGCAGCACCUCCAUCAUAAGCGCAAUCUCUUCCUGGACCAGAACCUGGCCCAGCCGGGCCCACAGGACCAGCUGCCCAACUGGUGGGCUCCCGGCUCUCAGGCCCUGCUUCCGAAGCCAUCUGAAAAGCAGGCCAAAGAGAAGAAGAAGAAAAUUCAGCCCGACAAACCCCCCCAGGUCAAGCCACUCCGGAAGCAAGUCCAGAUCAAGAAGUCCAAGCAGAAGGAUUCACAACCACUGUUCCUGCCCCUGAGGCAAAUUAGCUUGGAAGGAUUUCACUCAGCCACCGCCCCUGAGCUCCCGACAGAAGAGAUGCAGACUGAGCAGCCUUUCCCCGUCACCCCUGUCAAGCCCCCGCCUCUUGCACUAUUCACACCCAGCUCCGCUGCACAGUCUCCACUGCAAAAGCAGCUGGACGACAGAAGCCAGGCUCCCAACACUCAGGAAACGGGCGCUCUCAGCCAAGGGAGCCCAGAGGAAAACCGACAGCAUCACCUUCACCAGAACUUUGCGUGCCACCCUGCUCCGCCCGGCACUCCCGUCUCCAGCUACGCGCCCUGCUGCUCUGCUGUUCCCUCCGGCGACGGGCAGGACCAAGCUCCCCACAAGCCCUUAAACCCGUCGGACCCGCUGCCGGCCCAGAACUCGCUCAUGGUGGACGACAAGCUGGAGGAGCUGAUCCGGCAGUUCGAGGCGGAGUUUGGGGAAAAUUUCAGCCUGCAGAAUUCUGACCUCCCAGCUCCGCUCACUGACGGGCUGCCCCCCCAGCCUCUCUCCCACCCGUCGUCUUCUCUGAGCCACUCUCCAGAACUGCCAGGGGGCUCAGAUUCAACCCUCCAAGUGCCGGCUGUCGAAGAUGUAGUGCCGCCCCUGGCUGAAGCUCCCGAAGUGGGAUCCAAAGGCUUUACGCUGUCGCCCGGGAUGGGGCAGCAUUUUGAGAACCCCUUUGCAGCUAGGUCCCCCAAGCAGAUUAAAAUCGAAUCUUCUGGUGCUAUCACCGUGGUGUCAACCACUUGCUUUUACUCCGAGGAAAACCAAAACACGGAUGCUACUUACCUAGACGGGACCCCGACCAAGAACGACGUGCCGUUUACGCCAACCCUCAGUGGAUUUUUGGAAUCUCCUUUGAAAUACUUGGAUACGCCAACAAAAAGUUUAUUGGACACCCCAGCCAAGCGGGCUCAGGCGGAAUUCCCCACUUGCGACUGCGUGGAACAAAUAGUGGAGAAAGACGAGGGACCAUACUACACCCACCUGGGAUCGGGACCAACAGUGGCAUCUAUCAGGGAUCUCAUGGAAGAGAGGUAUGGCGAGAAGGGGAAAGCCAUCAGAAUCGAAAAGGUCAUCUAUACAGGGAAGGAAGGCAAAAGCUCCCGGGGCUGCCCGAUAGCGAAGUGGGUGAUCAGGAGGCACAACCAAGAGGAGAAGCUGCUGUGUUUGGUGCGGCACCGAGCCGGUCACCACUGCCAGAAUGCUGUCAUCAUCAUUUUAAUCCUGGCCUGGGAGGGCAUCCCUCGCACCCUGGGUGACACGCUGUACCAGGAGCUCACUGACACGCUCACUAAAUACGGAAACCCUACCAGCCGCAGAUGCGGCCUGAACGACGACCGGACCUGUGCAUGUCAGGGCAAGGACCCCAACACCUGCGGUGCUUCUUUUUCCUUCGGCUGCUCCUGGAGCAUGUAUUUCAAUGGAUGCAAGUACGCCCGAAGCAAAACUCCCCGAAAGUUCCGACUGGUGGGGGACAAUCCCAAAGAGGAAGAAGUGCUCAGAAACAGCUUCCAGGACUUGGCUACUGAAGUCGCUCCACUUUAUAGGAGGCUUGCGCCGCAGGCCUAUCAAAAUCAGGUUACAAACGAGGAUAUCGCAAUAGACUGCCGGCUCGGUCUGAAAGAAGGAAGGCCGUUCUCUGGGGUGACCGCGUGUAUGGACUUCUGUGCGCAUGCUCACAAGGAUCAGCAUAACCUCUACAAUGGAUGCACGGUGGUGUGUACCUUAACGAAGGAGGACAAUCGGAGCAUUGGGAAGAUUCCUGAGGAUGAGCAACUGCACGUCCUUCCGCUAUAUAAAAUGUCCACCACGGAUGAGUUUGGCAGCGAGGAGAAUCAGAACGCAAAGAUGGGCAGCGGGGCCAUUCAGGUGCUCACCUCCUUCCCCAGGGAGGUCAGGAAGCUGCCUGAGCCUGCCAAGUCUUGCAGGCAAAGGCAGCUAGAAGCCAAAAAGGCAGCCGCUGAGAAGAAGAAAAUGCAGAAAGAGAAGCUAAUCACCCCUGAGAAAAUAAAGCAGGAAGCACUAGAAAUCCCGACACUCCAGCAAAAUACAGGUAUGGCGUUGAAAAAUGGACUCCCCCAGCACUCAGUCAAACCUUCCAUCAAAGUUGAACCUCAGAACCAUUACAACACUUUCAAAUACAACGGCAAUGCAGUGGUGGAAAGCUACUCCGUGCUGGGGAGCUGCCGCCCCUCAGACCCGUACAGCAUGAACAGUGUUUACUCUUACCAUUCCUACUAUGCACAGCCUAAUCUGCCUUCCAUGAAUGGGUUUCAUUCAAAGUUCACUUUUCCCUCCUUUGGAUAUUACGGAUUCUCCAGCAACCACAUGUUCCCUUCGCAGUUUCUGAAUUACGGUGCCACUGAGCCGAGGAGCGGGGAUUGGGUAAGUAGCAGCUAUGAGAAGAAACCCGAUCUCCAAGCAUUGCAAGAUAACCUUAACCACACUUACAGGAAUUCAGAGUUCUCAGAGCAACUCCCACACUCUGUACGAAACAAAAACCACCACCAGCGGACCUAUGAGAGAGCCAACAGGUAUGCCAGCCAGAAGUCCAUGGCCAUGUCCCAUAGGACUAACUCGGUCCCAAUGGAAACCCCAUCGUUUGCACAAAACACAAACUGUUUCAGCAACCGAGCAAUCAAACAAGAGCCCGUAGACGCCUUGUCACACAUCGAGUCCAUUCAAAGGGCUGCCAUGAAUGUACAUAACUCAAGUCUCAACCUGUCCGCUGUGCCCGUGUCAUCUCAGAACGGCGAUCAGGAACAACGGUGGAGCCCCUACAAAGUCAACAGGAAUGUGUCUCCUUCUGACAGGACUAGUAAUGCAGAGCGUUCUUGGAAUAUGUUUACGCCCAAUGACAAUACCAACUUACCCAACACGAGCAUGCAGGAUAAAUUGAAUUCAUUCAAUGGACACUCAAAUGCUACCCAGUUACCCCAGUCUCACCUCCAGGAGAAACAAUGGAACGUAUUUUCUGGAGAUGGGCAGGCAACGCAACAUAGUUCUAGCCUGCUUGGGAAAUCAUGGAGCCCUUGCAAACUCAACGAAAGCCCUUCGGUCUUGCCUAGUUCUGCAAAUUCGAACCUGCAGGAAAAACCCUGGAACCUCAGCCAGCUGAACUUCAGUUCCACCCUCAAGGGGAACCCUGGGUUUCAAGAUGAGCUGUGGAACUCGGUCAAGGUGGACGAGAGGAGGACUCCGACACCUAGCUCGGGGCUGCAUGAGAAGCCAUGGGAUUCCUUUGGCUUGUCGGCCACCAUGGGGUCAAGCGUGUGUAGCGAGAAGCCAUUCGGCACCUUGAAAGCAGACAGUAACGCGUUCUUGCCCAGUAUCCGUCAUCAGGAGAAACUGUGGGACCCCUUCAGCUUGGAUGACAGCAUGGAAGAGCUGCCCGAUAAGACCCUCAAGGAGGAGGAGGAAGAUGAUGAGGAGGAAGAGGAGUGGUCAGACAGCGAACACAAUUUCCUGGAUGAAAACAUAGGCGGGGUGGCGGUGGCCCCGGCCCACGGCUCCAUCCUGAUUGAAUGCGCCAGGCGGGAGCUGCACGCCACCACCCCGCUCAAGAAACCCAACCGGUGCCACCCCACCCGCAUCUCACUGGUGUUUUACCAACACAAGAACUUGAACCAGCCCAAUCACGGCCUUGCCCUUUGGGAAGCCAAGAUGAAGCAGCUGGCGGAGAGGGCGAGAGCAAGGCAGGAAGAAGCAGCCAGGCUCGGGCUCCAGCAGGAUACCAAGCCAUUCAGCAAAAAGCGCAAGUGGGGAGGCGCCGUGGCCCCCGAACCCCAACACAAAGAAAAGAAAGAUUCUGUCCCAACACGGCAAGCAGUGGCUAUUCCAACAAACUCUGCUAUCACUGUGUCCUCAUAUGCCUAUACCAAGGUAACUGGACCAUACAGUCGCUGGAUAUGAGAUUAAUACAGCUAAUAUGGCCAUCUUACCUCAACGUCUGCGACACUGGACCACAGUGUUGCUUUGUGGUGCUUUCUCCUAAUGCAUGUAGGGGAAAAAAUCUACUCAAGUGCAAACCUUCUAAAAUCUGCACUUUGAGAGGAGUUCAAAAAAACAAACAAACGAACACUUAUUGCUGUUAACAUUUUUCAGUAAUCUAAUAUUUAUAUCUCCGCAUUUUUUUAAUCUAUCCUUGUACAUCACAAGAAUGGAAAAGAAAAAUUUAUAGUGUCCUUUCACAAAGGAGAGGUUUUUAAUUCCAUUUAAAAUAUGUAUUUAUUGGAUUUUUUUUUAUUAU